UUGUGUCAACCGGCAUUUUUAAUAAACCCACGUGUUUACGAGAGCAUAGCUUACCAGCAGCGGCGAAACUGCUCAGUCUUACUCGAGGAAUCAACGGCUUCAGGAGGCUGGAAUCAAAUGCUGUUUGUGCUCUGCUGCCCUCUGCCGGAUAAGGGGAACGUGGCAAACGUGCUGUGGUCCUGAGGCGCUGAGAAUGGAGGAACUGGCCCGGGAGAGUAUACGCAGCAUCAGCCUGCUCUCCAAACCUACGCGGGGAUCGGACGUCCCACGACUCGGCUCAUUUGGGGCAAUUUUCAUCAUGCUUAAAUCUGCCCUCGGAGCGGGACUGCUCAACUUUCCGUGGGCUUUUGAGAAGGCUGGUGGCGUGAACACAGCGAUCAGCGUGGAGAUGGUGAGUCUGGUGUUCCUCAUAAGUGGGCUGGUCAUUCUUGGUUAUGCCUCAUCGAUAAGUCGCCAGAACACAUAUCACGAUGUGGUGCGGGAAGUGUGUGGACAGAGGAUCGGUCAUCUGUGUGAGAUCUGCUUUGUUUUCAACCUCUUCAUGAUCUCUGUGGCCUUUUUGGUGGUGGUGCAGGAUCAGCUAGAGAAACUGUGUCUGUCUCUGUACGAGACGGUGACAGGAAAUACAGAUGCAGAGAUGCCACAUCACUGGUACACAGAUCACCGUUUUGCCCUCUGUCUCAUGUGUCUCAUUAUCAUCCUUCCUCUCUCUAUACCCAAAGAGAUCGGCAUCCAGAAAUACACCAGUGUAAUGGGAACUCUGGCUGCGACUUACCUGAGUAUUGCUGUCAUUGCGAAAUAUUACCUAAAAGACACACACACAGCGGACCUCACACCUGAGCACAGUCAAGGAUUGGGCUCAUGGGCCUCCAUGUUCAGUGUGGUUCCUACCAUCUGCUUCGGUUUCCAGUGCCAUGAAGCUUCCAUUGCUAUAUACAGCAGCAUGGAAAACAAAAAGAUCACGCAUUGGGUUUUCAUCUCAGUCACUUCUAUGAUUUUCUGCCUGCUGAUUUAUACUCUCACAGGUGUGUUUGGUUUUCUUACAUUUGGACGGAAAGUAGCCUCAGAUAUCCUGAUGUCAUAUCCUGGAAAUGAUGUAGUGAUGAUUAUUGCUAGGCUGCUGUUUGGGAUUUCUAUCGUCACCAUCUAUCCUAUAAUACUGCUGUUGGGAAGGUCAGUAAUUCUAACACAAAUACUGCGCUUUUGGGAACGACGGACCAUAAUGACACCUGUGUUUGAGGGUCGGUGCCGUCUCAUUCUCACUAUUCUCUGGAUCACCGUAACUCUCCUUAUCGCCAUAUUUGUGCCAGACAUGAGUGAAGUCAUCAGUGUAAUUGGGGGAAUCAGUGCCUUCUUUAUCUUCAUCUUUCCUGGGUUGUGUCUCAUUUUUGUCAUGCAGACAGAACCUAUAAAUCACAGGAUGAGAAUCCUCUUGACAGGAUGGGGUGUGGUGACUAUCGUCAUUGGAGCUUUUAUCUUUGGUCAGAGCACAACCAUCGCUGUUAUGGAAUUAGCACACAAGUUUUAAUCUCCAUCAUGAUCAUAUUCUAUUGUAUAAUUGACUGAUGAAUGAUAAACAAUAUUAUACUUGAAACUGAGGAUGCUUGUAUUACUGUACACCUAUUUUUGUUGAAAUAUUUAUUGUUCUGUGUAGUUUAAGAAAUAUUACAUUUUAUUUAAAUAUGCUGGAAUGACUAUGUAAACCAUGUUUGGAUGAAAUGAAUGAAAGAAAUUUGCAAUACCUUAUUAAAGUGUAUUAACAUUUUGACUAAA